AUGUCAUCAUCAGGUUAUUAUUUUGUUAUUGUUGGUCAUGCUGAUCAAGUUGUCUAUGAAAUUGAAUUAGGUGGAUCUAAUGGACAAACAACAGAUAAUCGUCAUUUAAAUCAAUUUAUAGCACAUGCUGCACUUGAUCUUGUUGAUGAAGCUAUGUGGCGUAAUACAACAACAUAUUUAAAACAAGUUGAUAAAUUUAAUGAAUGGAAUGUUUCAGCAUAUGUUACAGCUGGUGGUCUUCGUUUUCUUUUUUUAUAUGAACAUUUACCACGUUCGGGUGAAGAUGGUUUAAAAAAUUUUCUUACUGAAGUUUAUGAAACAUAUGUAAAACUAUUACUUAAUCCAUUUUAUGUACCAGAUAAACCAAUACGAUCAGCUGCAUUUGAUAAAAAAAUUCAAACUAUAGCUCGAAAAUGGAAUUUAUAA